ACAACCUGUUAGAUCACAUACAUUUCAUUGUUGCUUAUUUGGAGAAUUUGAAAAAUUAUAUAAAAAAAGAUUAUGUAAUUUGUGUGCGUAAGAGUGAGAUGUAACACAGACCUAAGUCUCGCGCUUAUGAAUCAGGCGAGGUAGUGCAUGAGAGGGUCUGAUAGAUAGGGAGUAGUCGAUUUGUUUGGUUUAGAACAGGGCCCACGGUCACAUGAAAAAUGAAUGUUCAUUUGCUUUGGAACUCAAAGAGGCUCGUUAUAACAUUAGACUCCGCCUGCUUCAAGUUCAAUAAUCCUCUUAUCUUUUGGGGGUGGGGUGUUGAGCUGCACAGCAAGAGGAAGCCACACUGGACAAACUUUUCCUUAAAAACAAGUCCGAUUUCUUUAGUUGCUGCAGAGUUGCUGGACCACAGGAGUCCCUGUUUGAAGAUACGUGCCAGAGAGCAUUGUCUAAUCUCAGGAUGAGAACGUUAUCUAAACUUUUUCUUGUUGGAGCUCUUGGUGUGUUUCUUGCGGUCCAGUGGAAUGCACCCACCUUUGACCCAGAGUCUCUGAGAGGAGCCAGAGUGUUCGUGACUGGAGCCAGCACAGGCAUCGGGGAGCAGACUGCCUAUCACUAUGCCCGCCUCGGAGCCCAGUUGGUGAUCACAGCACGCAGGGAGCAUGUCCUACACAGGGUGUCAGAACGUUGCCAGGUGCUAGGGGCCCAGCAGGCCCGCUACCUGGUGUUGGAUAUGGCUGAACCCCAAGAUGCUGAGCGAGCCGUGGGGUUGGCUGCAGACCUCCUGGGGGGACUGGAUGUGGUGGUGCUCAACCACAUCGGCUCCAGCCCCUUCAGCAUGUGGGACGGAGACAUACAGCACCUGCGCUGGUUGAUGCAGGUGAACUUCCUGAGCUACGUGCAGAUGGCGAAGGCAGCUCUGCCACUGCUGGAGCCCAGCGGAGGGUCUCUGGUCGUCGUGUCGUCUCUGCUGGCUAAGAUGUCCUCUCCGUUCGUGGCGCCCUACUCCUCCACCAAGUUCGCCCUGAACGGGUUCUUUGGGACUCUGCAGCAGGAGCUGGCAAUGAAGAACAGCAACGUGUCCAUCUCCAUCGCCACCCUGGGCCUCAUCGACACCGACAAUGCCAUGGAGAAAGUCAGGGACAUGGUCACCAUCCCAGCUUACCCAGCCAGUGAGGCAGCACUGGCCCUGCUGAGGGUGGGGGCCAGCCGGCAGGCAGAGACCUACUACCCCCAGUACCUCCACCUCCUGGCCCUGGUGAGAGACUGGGCACCCUCUGUGAGAGACUGGGUCAUGAGGAGCUCCUACAACUACACUCCCUGAGGACACACACAAUGUCAUCUAAGGGUUUUAAGGCUGUUGCAUGUCCUAUAAAUCCACAUGUUAGCUGAGAUGGCUGUUUCAUCCACGUUCUGUAUUAAAUAUGGUGUUACGGGCCUUGUUCCUACA